AUGAUGUCCAAAUCGUAUACCAAUCUUUUAGAUCUAGCUUCUGGAAACUUUCCAAUAAUGGGUCGGGAAAGAAGGCGACUUCCUCGUGUAAUGACCGUUGCAGGAGUUAUAUCGGAGCUUGAUGAUGAUCAGGCCAAUAGCGUGUCUUCGGAUGUUCCAUCCUCGGUUAUGCAGGACCGUAUAAUUAUAGUUGCCAAUCAGCUCCCUGUAAAAGCUAAGCGUAGACCUGACAAUAAAGGAUGGAGUUUUAGUUGGGACGAGGACUCAUUGCUAUUGCAGUUAAAGGAUGGUCUACCCGAAGAGAUGGAGGUUUUAUAUGUAGGUUCUUUGAAUGUUGAAGUGGAUUCAAAUGAGCAAGAUGAUGUAUCACAGCUCCUGUUGGAUAGGUUCAAGUGUGUUCCAGCCUUUUUGCCGCAUGACAUUUUGUCCAAGUUCUAUCAUGGGUUUUGCAAGCAGCAUUUGUGGCCUUUGUUUCAUUACAUGCUUCCGUUCUCAGCAAAUCAUGGUGGGCGGUUUGAUCGGUCUUUGUGGGAGGCGUAUGUGGCUGCAAAUAAAAUUUUCUCGCAAAGGGUGAUCGAGGUAAUAAAUCCAGAGGAUGACUAUGUCUGGAUUCAUGAUUACCAUUUAAUGGUGCUGCCUACCUUCUUGAGGAGGAGGUUCAAUAGAUUAAGAAUGGGUUUUUUUCUUCACAGCCCAUUUCCUUCUUCAGAAAUAUAUAGAACUUUACCAGUCAGGGAAGAGAUUCUAAAAGCACUUCUAAAUUCGGACCUUAUUGGUUUCCACACUUUUGAUUAUGCUCGACAUUUCUUGUCUUGUUGUAGUCGGAUGUUGGGUUUGGAGUAUCAGUCAAAAAGGGGCUAUAUUGGGUUGGAUUAUUUUGGAAGGACAGUUGGGAUAAAGAUCAUGCCUGUUGGGAUUCACAUGGGGCAGAUUGAGUCAGUUUUGAGACUUGCAGAUAAGGAGUGGAGGGUAGAAGAGCUUAAACAACAGUUUGAAGGAAAGACUGUGCUGCUUGGUGUUGAUGAUAUGGAUAUCUUUAAAGGUGUCAACUUGAAGCUCUUGGCAAUGGAACAGAUGCUGAAGCAGCACCCAAAGUGGCAGGGAAGAGCAGUUCUGAUACAGAUAGCAAAUCCUGCUAGGGGAAGAGGGAAAGAUCUUGAGGAAACACAGGCUGAAAUACAGGCAAGCAUCAAAAGAAUUAAUGAAAAAUUUGGUCAGCCUGGUUAUGAACCUAUUGUAUUCAUCGAUAGACCAGUCUCUCUUAGUGAACGAGUUGCAUAUUACACCAUUGCUGAGUGUGUAGUGGUCACGGCUGUGAGAGAUGGGAUGAAUCUUAUUCCAUAUGAGUACAUUGUGUGCAGGCAAGGAAAUUCUGUAUCAGAAUCUAAUUCAGAAUUCAGUGGACCCAAGAAGAGCAUGCUCAUAGUAUCUGAGUUUAUUGGAUGUUCCCCUUCACUGAGUGGUGCAAUUCGGGUUAACCCAUGGAAUAUUGAAUCAACGGCUGAGGCUAUGAACGAGGCAAUUUCAAUGGUUGAACCUGAAAAGCAGUUGCGCCAUGAAAAGCAUUAUAGGUAUGUUAGUACACAUGAUGUGGCAUACUGGUCACGAAGCGUUUUCCAAGAUAUGGAGAGAACAUGCAAAGACCAUUUCAGAAGACGUUGCUGGGGUAUUGGUUUGGGCUUUGGUUUCAGGGUUAUAGCACUUGAUCCUAACUUCAGAAAGCUGUCUAUUGAUGCCAUUCAGUCUGCUUAUUUGAGAUCCAAACGUAGGGCUAUACUGUUAGAUUAUGAUGGUACUGUGAUGCCUCAAACAUCUAUAAAUAAGAGCCCAAGCCAAGAGGUCAUCUCUCUCAUAAAUACACUUUGUGGUGAUGUUAAAAACACUGUUUUUGUGGUCAGCGGAAGAGGGAGGGAUAGUUUAAGCAAGUGGUUUUCUCCUUGCAAGAAACUUGGAAUUGCUGCUGAACAUGGUUAUUUUGUGAGGUGGUCUGCGGACAAGGAUUGGGAAAUUUGUGGGCAGAGCAAUGAUUUUGGAUGGAUACAGAUAGCAGAACCAGUUAUGAAACUCUACACCGAAGCCACUGAUGGUUCUUCCAUUGAAACCAAGGAGAGUGCCUUGGUUUGGCACCAUCGAGAUGCAGAUCCUGGUUUUGGAUCCAGCCAGGCUAAAGAGUUGUUGGACCAUCUAGAAAGUGUGCUAGCAAAUGAACCAGUUGCUGCCAAGAGUGGUCAGUAUAUCGUAGAAGUAAAGCCACAGGGAGUCAGUAAAGGCGUGGUCGCUGAAAAGAUCUUCACGUCAAUGCACGAGACUGGAAAGCAGGCUGAUUUUGUACUGUGCGUUGGUGACGAUAGAUCUGAUGAGGAUAUGUUUGAGAUUAUUGGCAAUGCAAUGACAAAUGGUGUCCUCUCCUCUAUUACCAGUGUUUUUGCAUGCACUGUUGGACAGAAACCCAGUAAAGCAAAGUACUACUUGGAUGACCCUAGUGAUGUCAUAACAAUGCUUGACGCUCUUGCAGAAGCUUCAGACUCUCCGCCCUCCUCAGAUGGCGAACCAGCUUCCCCGUGA